AUGUUGGUCAAAGUUACUGUUCUCCUUGUCGUCUUGCUGGUUGCCCAUCGCUCCUUGGCAGCCCACAAGUCAUCGCCAAUCCCAGGUGGAUUUUUCGACGUCGAUUUGAAUGAUCCCGAAGUUUUGGUGAGUUUAAAAAUGAUCCAGAAGUUGUGAUGAUAAAAAAAUAAUAGCAAUAGCAGGUUAGCAACGGUAAUUUUUAAAAUACGAUUCCCCAAACGUUUUCAAUUUUUGCUUGUGAGAUCUACACCUUAUGUGUAAGCAUACAGUAAGAAAUUUUUAAUGAUUGCUCAACGUAUGUGCUAAAUUUAAAGAAAGUUACAGCAUCGAGAUUUGAGCAUUAGUUAGCCUUACCAAAAUGGCGUUACGAUUUUUAGCGACAGUUUGGGUCAAAGAUACUAUGGCGUUGGUUAGCUUAGUUGUUGAAAUAAUACGAUUCACCGGGUCCUAGAACAGAUUAUUACAUAUUACGGAUUUUUGUUUUUUGCCGCAAAUUUUGGUCUUGUAUAUAUUACAAUAGCUCAGGGUGAGGAAAAACAAUGUGAGUAAAAGCUAAGAUUAGAAAAAGUGGACGUGUGGACGUAUUGCAAGUCUUUGCCGAGCCUUCGCCGAGCUUCCGCCGACCAUCCAAAAGCUUUGCCAGGGCUCAUAGGCACUUCCUAUAACCUUUUUUUGGUACCCAUCUGCCGUUCGACACCACUGUGAUUUCAGAGGCUUGCCAAGGAGGCCGUCCAGAUUCAUGCAAAGGAAACCGGUGACAAGCUCAAGCUCCAUCAAGUGCUCGCUGCUAAAAAACAAUUCGUGGCUGGUGUUAACUACAGAAUUUAUUUGGAGGCCCGUAAUUUGAAUCCCAGGCGUAUUCCCGUCCUGCUCCAAUUACAAGACCGCGUCCAUGUGCCACUGAAGGGAAAAGCCAGCCAUCAUGUCACCGAAAUCACCAACUAA